UGUCAACAUAGCCAUAACCUCAACUUUCGCUCGUGGAAGUAUAAUCGCCAUACAACGUGGUUUGUUUCAAUUAAUUCAAUUUUUAAUCCUUUUUAUGAGUGUUUUUGAAAAGUGUUAUAUGUACAGUUAACGUGAAAAUGUCCAGUGACACGGUUAUUGAUAAUGCUUGGUCUAUGAAAAUUCCAGAAUUCAAGCCUGAAGACAACCCCCAUGGCCUCCUCGAAGAGAGCAGUUUCAGUAUACUAUUUCCAAAGUACAGAGAACAGUAUCUCAGGAAAUGUUGGCCUCUUGUAGAAAAAGCCUUAGAAGCUCACAAUAUCAAGUGUGAAAUGGAUGUGUUGGAAGGUAGUUUAACUGUUAAAACAACGAGGAAGACAUGGGAUCCAUACAUAAUUCUCAAAGCGCGUGACAUGAUCAAACUUCUCUCUCGUAGUGUACCAUUUGAACAGGCUGUGAAAAUAUUACAGGAUGAAAUAGGUUGUGAUAUAAUUAAAAUUAAAUCCUUUGUACGGAACAAAGAAAAAUUCAUAAAGAGGCGGCAGCGAAUUAUCGGUCCAAAUGGUUGUACGCUAAAGUCAAUAGAGCUUCUAACAAAUUGUUAUGUUUUAGUACAAGGUCAAACAGUAUCUGCGCUAGGACCUCACAAAGGACUAUUGCAGGUACGAAAAAUUGUGGAGGACACUAUGAAAAAUGUCCAUCCUAUCUACAAUAUUAAAGCCCUUAUGAUAAAGAAAGAGCUGAUGAAGGACCCUAAGCUGAAAAAUGAAGACUGGACACGCUUUUUACCAAAGUUCCAGUCCAAAAAUACGAGCAAGCGAAAACAGCCCAAAGUCAAGAAACAAAAGAAGCAAUACACUCCAUUCCCGCCCCCCCAGCCUGAAAGCAAGGUGGAUAAAAUGCUGGCAUCUGGUGAGUACUUCCUUAAAGAGGACGAGAGGAAGUACAAGAAAGCAAGUGAAAAGAAGGAGAAAGAAAUCGAAGCAGACAAGCGACGACAGGCAAAGAGGAAUCAGGCAUUCGUCCCACCGGAGGAGGCACCAGUUCAGAAACGGAAGAAGGAAAGUAGUGAUGUGGAUCUGGAUGCACUAAAGGCCAAAGUGAACAAAGCACAUAAGAAGAAAAAGUUCAAAGCAGCAUGAAGAAAUUUUGCAUAAUAAACUUUAUCAAAAAGACUUCAGCUUUACCUUAAAAUAUCAGGUGAUAUGAUGUUCUCCAGACUCACUGACUGAGCUGAUUAUCCCUGAUGCUUCAUUGAGUCAUUAAUAUGAAUUCUUCAGUUAUAAAAUGGAAUGCACCGUCAACGGAGUUUUUCCUUUCAUCUUCUCAGUUAAUCUUCUACUCUCUCCAAUGGAUUUCAUAGGGUUUAAAGCCUGUAAUCUUUUACCAUGAGUUUGAGUAAAAUUUUGGAAGAUCGGCCAUAAUUUAUUUCUUCAGUUUUAGAUUUAAAAAACCGUUUCAUUGGCAGUUUUUCACUUUUGCAUUGUUAAAACUCCCUGGCUGCUCCUAACUUAGACAGUAUCUAGAUGAAAGUCUUUCAAAUUUUAAAACUAGUUUUUGAAUUAUGAAUAUAAGUAACUUGCAAUUGUUUUGAAGAUGGUGUUGUUUUUCUCUAAUUUAAUUUCUUUUGAACUGAAGUAAGUAGAUUAGGAAUUAAUUUAGUGAAUCUCAGAUUUCUCAUAUUGAUGUCAGCUUGCAUGAACAUGUAUACACAUGAAAACUUUUAAAUUAUCGUCAAAAUCUAGCAUUACCCUUAAUGGAAAACACUGAGAAGAAUUUGUCAUAGGCUUUAUUUCAUGAGACUUAAGAAAGAGGAAUUGGUCUUGCACCUAAUUUUUUUGAGUAAGUGUUGCAAAAAAGAGAAAGGAAAAUUUGUUGUAUUAUUUAUUUCACCACUUUUCCAUUUUCUUUUUUUAUGUGUGAAAGUACAACAUCAAUAUUUUUAUAAUUUUAUUGUGGUUGACUUAAUUUCUAUUGUAAGUACAUUUGUAAAUGAUCAAUCAA